AUGACCAACCUCGCUACCUGGCGCGACCGCCACUGGUCCGACAUCAGCGACCGACUCCUCCGUCUAAACACCAUUGACAAAACUAACCUCGACGGCUCACUCCUUGAGAAGGAUACCGUAACCGGCACAUGGGUUUGCAGCUGGCCGGUACUGCAUACGUCCCGUCUCGCAAUUCCCCACCUCUGA